AUGAGUACUCCCGAGAAAAAGGCGGAGGAGAAGCCGGAGGGUGCGCCACCGCCCGGGGAGGAGGAGAUGGCGCCACCGCUUGAGCUGGAGAAGGGCACCAAAGUUGGGGAGUACGUGGUCGACACGCCGAUCCAGCCGGAAGCCUUCCUGUACCCCAUCUUCAACUUUAUCGUCGAGAAGAAGAAGGAGAAAUUUGUGCUCAGGGCUGAGCGAGCCGAGGAGAAGGAGGGUGUCCUCAAAAACGAGCUCUUCAUCUUGCUCGAGCUCGAAAAGCAGGAGAAGCUGAAGAACUUCCCUACGGUCUAUGAUCGCGGGCAGGAGAAGACGUUCAACUGGUUCGUGCUGACGCUGUGCGGGAAGAGCCUGAGGGCCCUGCGCAAAGAGCAGCCCCUCCGCCGCUUCACCCUCGGCUGCGGCAUCUCGGUGUCGAUUCAGUGCCUUAAGGCCCUGGAGACGCUGCACGACCUCGGCUACAUCCACCGUGACGUCAGCCCGACCAACUUUUCCGUCGGGCGCCAGGAUACGAAGGAGAAGCGUGUGGUGUACUGCUUGGAUUUCGGGCUCGCCCACCAGUACAAGAACAAGCACGGCGAGAUCAAGGUGCCGCGCACGGAUCCGUGGCUUUACAAGGGGAAUAUCAGGUACGCAUCCCGACGUUGUCUAAAGCGCGAAGAGCUCUGCCGCAAGGACGACCUCGAGAUGUGGCUCUACAUGGUCAUUGAGUUCUGCAAGGGAUCGCUCCCGUGGUGUAAUAUUACGAACAAAGCCGACCUGCUCUCGACGCAGACUCAGGUGCGCACCCCCAACGGCCUGCGCUAUUUGCUUGGGGGGAUGCCCAUCGAGUUCAUCAAGAUCAUCGAAGCGAUCGACGCGCUGGGCUAUUCAGACGACCCCGACUACAACACCAUCUAUGGGCUGCUCCAGAAUUCACUGUGCCUCAACGAUCUUGAGGAAUACCCAUGGGAUUGGGAGGAGAAAAAAUCGGAGCACAAGACGGCCAAACUCAUCAAGGACAAGAAGGACGCCAAGUCCCCCGCCGCCGGCAAGUCCACCGAACCCGACAAGAAGACCACCCCCGAGAAGGGCAAGGACGCCAAGCCGGGCGCUUCUAAAGCGGACAAGAAGAAG